AGAGCAAGUGGAUUUAAACCAGCAGCAGCCACUAAUGGUAAAAGCUCUUACUCAGGUUCAUUAGAUUUUCCUACUAAGGCCCUUCUCCGAUUCCUUCUCUGAGGCAAGGCCACAAAGAGCAUGCCCUUCUGAAGGCUAAAAGCAAAGAGAAGGUUCGCUCACGUCUGUGGAAUAAGGAUAGACAGGAUGGACAUGAGACAAAAGGCCACCUUCUGAUCUAAAAUGUCAGGAAUUCCUGGGACAGUUUAGACUAUAUAGGAAAUGCCCUAAGUUAGGCAGAAAACGGCUUCUAAAUUUACCAUUUUUGUCUUCAAAGAGCUUUCACUUUUACAUUUAAUCCUUUUUUUUUUUUGUAGAGACAGAGUCUCACUUUAUGGCCCUCGGUAGAGUGCCGUGGCCUCACACAGCUCACAGCAACCUCCAACUCCUGGGCUUAAGCGAUUCUCUUGCCUCAGCCUCCCGAGUAGCUGGGACUACAGGCGCCCGCCACAACGCCUGGCUAUUUUUUGGUUGCAGUUCGGCCAGGGCAGGGUUUGAACCCGCCACCCUCAGUAUAUGGGGCCGGCGCCUUACCGACUGAGCCACAGGCGCCGCCCACAUUUAAUCCUUAUGUGACAACUGCUCCUCCAGAUUAUCCUGUGAAGUAGGUCCAGUAAUUUUACAUAGGAGAAAAUGUGGCAAACAGAGCUACAAGUCAGGUGCCUCAACACUUAAUCAAGACCCUAGGUAAGUACUGCUAUUAGUUUUAGGAUUUAGUUGUUCAACAAAAAUUCAGUAGCAGAGACCCCAUCUUCCAGUAAUUCACCAAAAUGACAAACACAAAGGGAAAGAGGAGAGGCACCCGAUACAUGUUCUCUAGGCCUUUUAGAAAACAUGGAGUUGAUCCUUUGGCCACAUAUAUGCGAAUCUACAAGAAAGGUGAUAUUGUAGACAUCAAGGGAAUGGGUACUGUUCAAAAAGGCAUGCCACACAAAUGUUACCAUGGCAAAACUGGAAGAGUUUACAAUGUUACCCAGCCUGCUGUUGGCAUUGUUGUAAACAAACAAGUUAAGGGCAAGAUCCUCGCGAAGAGGAUUAAUGUUCGUAUUGAGCAUAUUAAGCACUCUAAGAGCCGAGAUAGCUUCCUGAAACGUGUGAAGGAAAAUGAUCACAAAAAGAAGGAAGCCAAAGAGAAAGGUACCUGGGUUCAACUGAAGCGCCAGCCUGCGCCACCCAGAGAAACCCACUUUGUGAGAACCAAUGGAAAGGAGCCUGAGCUCCUGGAACCCAUUCCCUAUGAAUUCAUGGCAUAAUAAGCAUAUAACAUAGCACACAGGAGUACCAGGGGACCCAUGUUUUUAGGAGCAAGAACCUAUUUAUUCCCCAUGAGCUCACGGCAUAAUAAGUGUACAGCAUAGCACACAGGAUAACCAAUAGUCCCCAUGUAACAGUGAUACAAGGUGCUGGGACCUAUUUCCCACGACUUCAAAAGUCAAUCAACACUUUGUCACAUUCAAUGGCAAGGUGCCUCUCUGAGCUGCUGGAACCUCUUCCCUAUGAAUUCAUGGCAUUGUAGAUACAAAUAAUAGCAUAAAAAUGUUUCUUGUUCAUUCACUACAAGUGUGGGUUUUUUCCCCCCCAAAGAAGUAUUAAAGCAAAUUUUAAUGUGUCCUAAAAAAAAAAAAAAAAAUUCAGUAGCAGCUGA